UCAGAUCUCCAGACUGACCCCAGGGAACGCCCUGGUACGUGGAACCUAGGACUUAACAACUCCAAGGAAGGGAGUGUAGGAGUUGGGGAGGGACAGUGUCCCCAUCUGCAAUUUCCGGUCAUUGACAGGGAUUUUAGGCCCCGCUGAGAGCCAGGGAUGCAUGAAUGCGUGGAGGGAAAUGAGUUGUAAACAGAGUGUAGGGGAACCUGGCAUCUCCAUGCUGCUUUGCUGCAGCUAAUAUGUUUUGCACCCGGGGUACAUCAUUUUACCUCUGUAAGCCUCAAGUUCCUGUCUGUAAAAUGGGAAAAUUAUGCCUAGUGUUCCUGGGAUACUGAGCUGGCUUCUCUGUGAAGCUAAAACCUCACCUCUAUUUUAAGGCCCAGGUGUCUCUGGCCUCCUGCCCUGGAUUAGGGGACUGGCCCCUGGGGUGGUGAAGGUCAGGGCCCCAGCCCCCAACCACGGUGCUGGGGGAGCUGUACCAAGCCUAGGCCACCCUCGCUCUGGAUGGCAACUUGAAAGCAGAAAAGAUGAGUCGUUUCAUAGGACCUGUGGGGUUGGAUUUCGCAUGCAGAAAAUGAACAACGAAGUGGUGGAUAAGAGUGACCGACUCCUCAUCAAAGGUGGACGGAUCAUCAACGAUGACCAAUCCCUUUAUGCUGACGUCUACCUGGAGGAUGGACUUAUCAAACAAAUAGGAGAGAACUUAAUCGUUCCUGGUGGAGUGAAGACCAUUGAAGCCAACGGGCGGAUGGUUAUUCCCGGAGGUAUUGAUGUCAACACGUACCUGCAGAAGCCCUCCCAGGGGAUGACUGCGGCUGAUGACUUCUUCCAAGGGACCAGGGCGGCACUGGUGGGCGGGACCACGAUGAUCAUUGACCAUGUUGUUCCUGAACCUGGGUCCAGCCUACUGACCUCUUUCGAGAAGUGGCACGAAGCAGCUGACACCAAAUCCUGCUGUGAUUACUCCCUCCACGUGGACAUCACAAGCUGGUACGAUGGCGUUCGGGAGGAGCUGGAGGUGCUGGUGCAGGACAAAGGCGUCAAUUCCUUCCAAGUCUACAUGGCCUAUAAGGAUGUCUACCAAAUGUCCGACAGCCAGCUCUAUGAAGCCUUUACCUUCCUUAAGGGCCUGGGAGCUGUGAUCUUGGUCCAUGCAGAAAAUGGAGAUUUGAUAGCUCAGGAACAAAAGCGGAUCCUGGAGAUGGGCAUCACGGGUCCCGAGGGCCAUGCCCUGAGCAGACCUGAAGAGCUGGAGGCCGAGGCGGUGUUCCGGGCCAUCACCAUUGCGGGCCGGAUCAACUGCCCUGUGUACAUCACCAAGGUCAUGAGCAAGAGUGCAGCCGACAUCAUCGCUCUGGCCAGGAAGAAAGGGCCCCUAGUUUUUGGAGAGCCCAUUGCCGCCAGCCUGGGGACCGAUGGCACCCAUUACUGGAGCAAGAACUGGGCCAAGGCUGCGGCGUUCGUGACUUCCCCUCCCCUGAGCCCGGACCCUACCACGCCCGACUACUUGACCUCCCUACUGGCCUGUGGGGACUUGCAGGUCACAGGCAGCGGCCACUGUCCCUACAGCACUGCCCAGAAGGCGGUGGGCAAGGACAACUUCACCCUGAUCCCCGAGGGUGUCAACGGGAUAGAGGAGCGGAUGACCGUCGUCUGGGACAAGGCGGUGGCUACUGGCAAAAUGGAUGAGAACCAGUUUGUCGCUGUCACCAGCACCAAUGCAGCCAAGAUCUUUAACCUGUACCCAAGGAAAGGGCGGAUUGCCGUGGGCUCGGACGCCGACGUGGUCAUCUGGGACCCCGACAAGGUGAAGACCGUAACAGCCAAAAGUCACAAGUCGGCAGUGGAGUACAACAUCUUCGAGGGUAUGGAGUGCCACGGCUCCCCACUAGUGGUCAUCAGCCAGGGCAAGAUCGUCUUUGAAGACGGAAACAUCAAUGUCAACAAGGGCAUGGGCCGCUUCAUUCCGCGGAAGGCGUUCCCGGAGCACCUGUACCAGCGCGUCAAAAUCAGGAAUAAGGUUUUUGGAUUGCAAGGGGUUUCCAGGGGCAUGUAUGACGGUCCUGUGUACGAGGUACCAGCUACACCCAAAUAUGCAACUCCCGCUCCUUCAGCCAAAUCUUCGCCUUCUAAACACCAGCCCCCACCCAUCAGAAACCUCCACCAGUCCAACUUCAGCUUAUCAGGUGCCCAGAUAGAUGACAACAAUCCCAGGCGCACCGGCCACCGCAUCGUGGCGCCCCCUGGUGGCCGCUCCAACAUCACCAGCCUCGGUUGAACGCAGAUGCGCGGAGGAGCUAGCCUGAAGGAUUCUGGGAAUCAUGUCCAUCCCUUUUCCUGUCAGUGUUUUUGAAACCCACAGUUUUAGUUGGUGCUGAUGGAGGGAGGGGGAAGUCGAAGGAUGCUCUUUCCCUUUUCUGUUUAGGAAGAAGUGGUACUAGUGUGGUGUGUUUGCUUGGAAAUUCCUUGCCCCACAGUUGUGUUCAUGCUGAAUCCACCUCGGAGCAUGGUGUUUUCAUUCCCCCUUCCUAGUGAACCACAGGUUUUAGCAUUGUCUUGUUCUGUCCCUUCCACUUCUAACUCCACUGGCUCCAUGAUUCUCUGAGUGGUGGUUCCUUUGCACCCUGUAGAUGUUCUAGGAUAGUUGAUGCAUGUUACUAAAUUACGUAUGCAAGUCUGUGAGUGCGUCUGAGGGGACAUCGCCAAGGACUGACUGAGACACGAUGCCGAGACCUCAAGCCCUGAGGGGCAGUCCCAAAACCCUUACAGUGAAGAUGUUUACUCAUUGCCCCCACCUCUGGUCCACACUAGAAAGAAGCUCGCCCCACCUCCACCUGUGAGAUCCGUGAAUUCUCGGAAUGGCAGGGGAAGCCUUGCACUAGGUUGCAGAGAAGCAUCCUCCACAUCCUGUGUCAGAAACCCUGGUCUCCGUGGCACUUGUAACUCACCGUGCUGUCUUCUGGUCUGUGUGUGUUCUUCAAGCCAGCUCUAGGCUUCAGGCCGAGCCAGGUUCACACUCAGAAAGAGGUCUCCCCAUCCCCAUUCAGGGCUGACGAUGGGGGGGUGAUGGCUGCCCCUGCGUGGCCUGAGUCCUGGUCCCUCUGAGGCAGUUGACGGGGCAGUCAGAUUUUUAAAGUUUUGUACAAAGUUUUCCUUUGUAAUCACUCCCAUUUUUACUUAACAACCAACUUGUUGUGGCUCUUAUUUCUGAAUUCAAAGCUUGUGAAAAAAUAAAGAAAAUGAACUGCCCACUGA